GCUUCCUGAAGGUCACUCCAUUCCCCCCGAAAGCAGCUUCAGCCCAACCCAUUGUCUAGCUUCGCCACCAUCUCCACCCAGCAAUUGUUAUCCCCCUGUCCAGUCCAGCGUCGCACCAGUUCCCUGCUCCAAGCGUUCCGAUGGCUGAGGUACUGGCCACCAUGGUGGUCGGGCGAUUGGUGUCCAUGGUGAAGGAGAAGGCCUCCAGCUACCUCCUGGACCAGUACCGGGUGAUGGAGGGCUUGGAGAAGCAGCACAAGCUCCUCGAGCGCAAGCUGCCGGCCAUCCUGGACGUCAUCGCUGACGCCGAGGAGCAGGCGGCAGCCAAGAGAGAAGGGGCGAAAGCUUGGCUGGAGGAGGUCCGAAACGUGGCCUACCAGGCGAAUGAUGUCUUGGAUGAGUUCAAGUAUGAGGCGCUCCGCCGCAAAGCCAAGAAGGAGGGUCACUACAAGGAUCUCGGUAUGGAUGUAAUAAAGCUUUUCCCUUCUCACAACCGAGCUGCAUUCCUUCACAGGAUGGGCAACAAGCUCCGUAUCAUUUUGCAAGAACUUGAUGUCCUUAUAGCAGAGAUGAAUGCCUUCAGGUUCAAAUUCCGACCAGGCCCACAGGUGCCCAUAAAUUACUUGCGGCAGAAUAGUGCUGAUAUCAUCGACGACCCUAUGAAAAUUGCCACCAGAUCAAGAGAUAAAGAAAAGCACAAGGUUGUUAAGACAUUGCUUGAUGCAGCCAGCAAUGUCAAUCUCACUAUCUUUCCCAUCGUCGCCAUGGGGGGGAUGGGGAAGACCACCUUAGCACAGCUUGUUUACAAUGACCCUGAGAUUAAGAACCAUUUCCAACUGCGGCUCUGGGUGUGUGUCUCUGACAACUUUGAUGUGGAUUCUCUAACUGAAAGAAUAAUUAAAGAGAACGAUUGUCAAGCAAAUGGAAAUUCCGCAUUGGACAAGCUUCAAAAUGCAAUCAGUGGGAAGAGGUACCUGCUCGUAUUGGAUGAUGUCUGGAACCGUGAUGAGGCACACAAGUGGGAAAAACUGAUGAUGGGUACAGGUAAAGGAUCCUACGAACUUGGAAGCUUGGAUGAAAAAUUCAUUGAGGAAAUUAUCAAGUCAAAAGCAUUCAGUUCAAAACAAGAAAGGGAUUGGCCUCGUGAACUAGUUAACAUGGUUGGUGAUGUUGCCGCAGAUGUGCUGGUUCUCCCUUAGCUGCUACAGCAUUGGGCUCUGUGUUAAGUACCAAGACCACCGUGCGUGAAUGGAAGGAUGUGUUAAGAAGAAAAAAGAUUUGUGAUGAUAGAAAUGGAAUCUUACCAGUACUCAAGCUUAGUUACAACUGCUUGCCAUCACAUAUGCGCCAAUGCUUUGCUUUAUGUGCUAUGUUUCCUAAGGAUUAUGAGAUUGAUGUGGAAAUGUUGAUCCAAUUAUGGAUGGCCAAUGGUUUUAUCCCAGAGCAACAAGGAGAAGAACAUCCUGAAAUUUCAGGAAAAAAUAUUUUCAUUGAGUUGGCAUCAAGGUCAUUUUUCCAAAAUGUGAAAGGGAUCCCAUUUGAGUUCACUGAUGCAGGGAUCUCUAGAGUUACUUGUAUGAUCCAUGACCUUAUGCAUGAUGUUGCGCUAGACUCUAUGGGAAAAGAAUGUGCUGCUGUAGCUGCACAACCAAGUCAAAGUGAGGAUUUUCCAUAUUCAGCUCGUCAUUUAUUAUUGUCUGUCAAUGAACCAGAUACAUUUCUAAAUGCUUCCCUAGAGAAAGGGUCUUCAGUUAUACAAACACUAAUAUGUGAGAAAAAAGUAGACAAAGACUUACAACAUUUAUCAAAAUAUAGUUCUGCACGAGCAUUAACUUUAGAGUUAUGGAGCAAGCGAGCUUCACUACUAAAACCCAAAUGUCUUCAUCACCUGAGGUAUCUUGAUCUCUCAAAAAGUGAUAUUAGUUCACUUCCUGAAGACAUAAGUAUCCUAUAUCAUCUGCAAACAUUGAACCUUUCUUAUUGUCGAAGUCUUAAACGACUUCCAAAGGGAAUGAAGUAUAUGACCGCCCUCCGUCACCUCUACACCCACGAAUGUUGGAAUUUAAAGGGCAUGCCUACUGACCUUAGAUACCUCACUUCCCUACAGACGCUUACAUGCUUUGUAGCAGGUGCUGGCUCUGGUUGUAGUAAGGUGGGAGAAUUAAGGCGGUUAGACGACCUUGGUGGGCAGCUGGAGUUAACACAGCUAGAAAAUGUAAAAGAAGCGGAUGCAUAUGCGGGAAAUCUUGAAAAUAAGAAAAAACUGGCCAGAUUGACAUUAAGAUGGACUGAUAAUGACAAGGAGGCACAAAAUUGUGAUAAAGAGGUGCUGGAAGGUCUGAAACCUCAUGGUGGGCUGAAAGUUCUGAGAAUAUAUUCUUACAAUGGCGACACUUGUCCAACAUGGAUGAGUGAGUUGCAAGGCAUAGUGGAGCUUGUGUUAUCCGAUUGCAAAAAGCUCCAGAAGGUUCCUGCGAUUUGGCAGUUACCAGCUCUAAAAGUUCUUUGCUUGUAUAGACUGCCAAAUUGUGAGACAUGGUGGGACAAGAGGGGUACGAGGAGAAAAUCCAGUAUUUCCUUUGCUUGAGAAGUUAUCAGUCAAAGGAUGUAGAAGUCUGGUUUCAUUGCCAAUGGCGCCAUUGAUUACAGAAUCAUCUGGAGGAGGUGACACCUUGUGGUGCUCUGCAUUUCCAGCAUUGAGAGAAAUGGAAUUACAUGGCCUGGAGAUGUUUCAGCGAUGGGAGGCAAAUGAAGCAACUGUAGAAGAACAUGUAAUAUUUCCUCGGCUUGAGAAGCUGUUAAUCAGGGAUUGUAAAAGUCUUAAUGCAUUGCCGAAAGCAUCAGUUAUUAAACCACCAUUUGGAGGGGUUGCGACAGAGUGCCGCUCUACAUUUCCAGCAUUGAGGGAACUAGUAUUAGUUAAUUUGGCAAACCUUGAGAGAUGGGAAGCAGGUGAAGGAACUCCAGGAGAAGAUCUAACAUUUCAUAGGCUUGAGAAACUAAUAAUUGAGAGUUGCCCAGAGUUGACAAUUCUACCUGAGGCACCGAAGCUAAGUGCAUUAAUAGUAAAAGGAGCCAACCAGCAAAUAUUAUCCCUACAAGCAGCUAGCAGAUAUAUAGCUUCAUUGUCCAGUCUGAAUUUGAUAUCCGAUGACGAAGAAACAGAAUCUGUGGUUGAUCAAAAUUAAAGUGAAUUGGUACGUAGCAAGGAGAAAUGGGAUCGUGAAUCCCCUCUGACACGUAUGGUGUUAAGGCAAUACAACCUUUUGUUUUCCCACUCAAGUGCACUGGCGCUAUGGGCAUGUUUUGCACAGCUGGUAGAUUUAAAGAUUU